AUGACGCGCAACAUCUGCAUCUCGGGAGGCGAUGGCCAUACCGGAUUCCUCAUCGCCGAGCUCAUUCUCGACAACAGCUACUUCAAGAGCAAGGUGGAUUCGGUGAGCGUGCUGUGUCUUCACCCCAGUGGAGCUAGGGCUAAGGAGCUGAUGCAGCUUGGUGCCAAAGUUAUCCCGCACAAGCCUGGCCGAGAGCGCGAAAUGGUCAAGACGCUCAAGGGUUCUGGCUGCGACACUGUCUGCCUGAUUCCUCCUGCGCACAAGGACAAAUUUGACAUCACUGCUGAGCUCAUCAGUGCCACCAAGAAGGCAGACAUCGCAAAUGUUCUCUUCAUCUCGACCGCUGGGUGCGACGUCGCCGAGCGUGAUAAACAGCCCCAUCUGCGCCAGUUCAUUGAUCUCGAGUGCCUGGUCAUGGCUACAAAGGGUGAUGGUAGUACUUCAACUGGUCACUCGCCCUGUAUCAUCCGUGCCGGCUUCUAUGCUGAGAACUUGCUGCUUUAUGCUCCCCAAGCUCAGAAGGAAGGCAUCCUCCCUCUUCCGGUCGGUCAGUCGCACCUCAUGGCCCCGGUUGCUCUAGGAGACAUCUCUCAGCUCGCAGCCCACGUUCUUACCGGAAAAGGCAAGACUGGCUUCGAUGAUCGUCAUCGUGGUCAGCUCAUGGUUUGCACUGGCCCGAAGCUCUGCACUGGCUCCCAAAUCGCAGAAGCUGCGUCCAAAGUGCUCGGCAGCUCCAUGGAGUUCGAGGACAUCAGCGAGGCUGAAGCCAAGAAGGUGCUGAAGGCGCAGAGUGACUCUGAUCCCAGCGAGCUGCAGUACCUCCUGGAGUACUAUAGUCUGGUUCGCGAGGGCAAGACCAAUUACAUUUCCACUACUGCCUUCGUCAACGUCACGGGCACUCAUCCCCAAGAGCCUGAGGACUUCUUCAAGACAUACGAGGAGAGCUUCAUGCGCAAGGGCGGUGGCGAGGACGGGCAUGCGGGCAAGAAAAGGAAGGGCUAA